UAACACGCCUGAAGAGAAAAGGAAGAAGAAGACUGCCGUAGUAGUGAGGUGUGUCAGUGCCUGUUAGAGGUGUGUGUGUGUGUAUGUGUUUGACAUUAAGUCCGGCGCUGUUGUUUUUAGUUGACCGCAGAGAUGAUCAAACGCAGUCCGUCAAAUUUCGAGGACGUCAGAUAGCGAAGCAGUACAAUCCCUAAACCGUGCUACCGUUACACAGCCCCUGUACUAUGCUUUCGAUUUUGGGGGGGACGGGUCAUUUUUAGCCUGCCUGUGUCCGUCGGUCUGUCCAAGCUGUGUGUGUGUGUACGCGAUGCGUUUCAACGAGAAGGAGCUGGUGUUACUGAGUCGCCAGCCCUCUGAGAGAGCAGCUGAACUGGGGAUGAGAGGGCCCAAGAAAGGAGACGUUGUAAAGAAGAGGCUAGUGAAACUCGUGGUCAACUUCCUCUUUUAUUUCCGGACUGAUGAGGAAGAGCCAAUUGGAGCUUUGCUGCUGGAGCAGUGUAGGGUGGAGAGGGAAGACAGCCAGACUUUCUCUAUUGCAUUUCUGGAUGAAGCAGAGAGGAAGUACGUGUUUGAGUGUGAUACUGAAGCACAGUGUGGGGAGUGGAUAGAUUCCAUUAAACAAGCGAGUUAUGAGUUCAUGAGGAAGAAUCUUAUAUUCUAUCGAACAGAAAUCCACAGGCUCACAGGGAAGGACCCCUUGGAGCAGUAUGGUAUAUCAGAUGAAGCUCGUUUCCAGGUCAGCAACGGCCGGCCACUUAUGGCUAGAGAUACCUCCUCCCUGUAGACCAGCGUCCUGUGUUCAGAUAUACUUUUUAUUUUCAUUAUAGUUCACUCUGCCAUUCCAGCACUCACUCCACACUCCAAACUGCAGCGUUAUCAUCCACGCUGCUGAGAUCUUUACUGCGCUUUAUUUAAUGUAUUCAGUGUUACCUCAGACCUAUGCAGAUGUUAAAGCCAGGUAUCUGAGGUGAUGCAAAGCCAUGCCUGCUGCAUCAGUGUCAGUCAUUACAGGUAAUGCAGUUCUUUGGAUGAGUCAACACUGUCAUAUUAGUGAUUUAGGGGCAUUUUUCCUUGCCUUUUCUGUCAUUUUCAGCCUUAGUUAAUCAGUUGCCUGUAUAAAUGUUUUAUUUUUUCUACUGUACAUGCUGUACAUUCAGACAAUGUGAUUUUAAGGGCCUCUGGAUGUGCUUAAGCUCUAGGAGUGAAUUUCAUUCAGGAUUAUUAGUAAUUUGAGAAGAACUGUGUUCAAAAUAUGCCAUUUAAGGGCAUAUAAACAUACGUAACUCAUUGUUUUAAUGCACCCUUUUUUAAAGAAGCUUACAGUUAAUACCUUACCCUGAUUUAGAAAACCUUUGGCAGUAUUCCUGCCCUGAUUUGAACUGUUUGUCUUUUCAAUUGCUGAGUUGAGCCACAUAUUUUACUCGGUUUCUGUGAAAAAGACAAAGCUGUCAGCUGUCCAGAUGUGUAUUUAUCUUAUGCCUCAUUAAACUGUUUAGUUUUUAAAAAAAUAGAAUAUGUUUGCACAUGUUACUGGGUGUUAAGGCUUUUUUCUUUUACAGUAAUUUACUUAAUGAGUCUACUGUACCUUUUCUGUGGCACUUUGAAUCAGAUUCCUUUGGGUAAGCUGUUGGACCAUGUGUUUAAAAACCAGGCUCCCAGCAUGAUUCGGGGGGGCGGGGUCACACUAACAUUUGAGGUGUUUCAGCAAAUCGAGAGCUGACAUUUUGCUCUCAACUUUAUUUUCCUGUAAGACUUGCAUCCUCCAAAUUAGCAAAAAAGAAUAACUGCAUGUCAUUGAAUGCAUCUUCAUUUUUAAUUUUUUGCACAUAGAACUGUUUGUUUUUCAUUAAUUACAUCUGCUUCACUGGCAUCUCUUUUUAUACUAAU